AUGAUGGCCUCUUUCUCCACAGUCCUCGUGGCCGCCCAAGGCAUGCAGGAUGCCCCUAAAACCUCGGGAAACCCUGCUGGCGUCGUGUACGAAGCCGAUCUUCCACCAGAGCCAUUCUUCACAAAUGGUGCCCUCAAUGGUAAUAUCAAAGGCUCCAUCCGUGCCGAAGCGCCUGACGAUGGUAAGGGCGUCCGGUUCACCGUCAGGUUUGAAAACUUCCCCACAGAAGGCGGCCCAUUCCGACAGACUCUUCUGGCUCUUCUGACCGACUCACCUAGCAUCCAGUCUGCAGAUACUUCGGGAUCAAGAUGCAGGGACCAUGCUGCGGCCAUGUAA